AUGUUGGGGUAUAACCCCAUUUUGAACGUCCUCGUGGAGGCUCUCGACAAUAAUGAGACUGUACGGCUACACCGUGGUUUCGACGGCGAUUGCUUCUCGCAAGUUCCAGAGUCCGUGUACGGUCCCAAGACGGUGUGUCAAAGGGUCUAUGGUGAUGACAUCCUGCGCUGGGCGGGCGUGACCUUCACCUACAGCAACACCGUCGUCUCCGGGACUGUAUAUAUGUACAUCGCGACCAGCUACGACUUCAAGACCAGGAGGCAGACUUUGAGCGGCGCAAUGGGCGAAUUCAUGUUGCCCGUGGCUUCUUGA